AUGCUGAGAAUGAGUUGGAUAGAACGCCGUACCAACGAAAGCAUACUCAGUGAAAUAGAUGAAAGCAGAGAGAUUCUCAAAACCAUCAGAACAAGACGAUGGAACAUGAUUGGGCACAUAUUGAGGCACGAAAAUGAGCUAAUCUACAGAAUAAUAGAAGGGAAAAUGGAAGGCAAAAGGGGCCAAGGGCGUCCAAGAACUUCAUUUAUCAAACAAAUGAUUUCCGAUGCUAGACUAUCAAGCUACGCCGAACUGAAGAGGUUAGCUGGGAACAGGGAAGAGUGGAGAGCGCAUGUUCAACUGCAAAACCAACCUUAA